UAUAGGCAACUCGUUGUUCCAGAUUUUAUAACUAAAUAUAUUACCGUAGACAGUCAAAAACCUCACUGGUAUAUUUUUAUGAAAAGUUUUUAGUUCAAUGCAAAGAUUAAAGGACUGUUUAAAUAACAUAAAACUCCAAAGUACUUUUAAUGUAGAAACUAAGUCACAAUCUAAUGAAAAAAUUGAUAUCAACGAAAAUGUACUGAAGGCACCAGAAAUCAUAGAUCAAGAGGAACCAUCAUCUUAUUUAGCCCUGGAUGAGAUUAGUUCCGUGAAAUCAAUACGUCAAGGAAUCAUACACAGAGAUACUCCUAAUAGUAGCAAUUUUAAAAGAUGUCAAUGCUUAGAAACACCUUUCAAUUUAAACACAUCCCAUUAUGUUCAUGUAGAAGACACAAUAUUCCCAAAUUCCUCCACCAUUUAUUCUUGCAGAAAGAACCAAAACUAUAGAGACUGUUCUAGUGUAUCAUCUUUGUCCAAUAAAGAAAAUGAACCAGCUACUUUCAAUAACUUAUCUAAGGAAUUGUGGGCUUCGUUGAAUGAAAAAUACUGUAUUGAAGAAAAUUUAGUCUUUUCGUUAUAUAAUCGUUCUUUUCGAGAAGUUUUAGACUCCGUUAUCAUUACUUUCAAUACGCUAGGACCCAUUCCUUCCUUUGUGUUAUUGAAGAAGAAUGGUUUAUUAGAUCCAACGAGUUCAGAAGAAAUAGCAGCUUUUCUAUUUUUUACUCAAGGCUUGGAGAAAUCUCGUAUUGGAAAAUUUUUAAGCAUUCCUGAUGAUUUCAAUACAGAAGUCGUGAAGCACUUUCUGCGUUUUUUUGAUUUUAAAAACGUUGAUCUUGUAUCCGCAUUACGAUUAUUUUUUUCUAAAUUUCAACCUCCAGGGGAAUCACAACAAUUGUUACGUUUCGUUAACGCUUUUAGUAAUGCAUAUGUGAAUGAUAAUUCUACCGUUGACAUGGUUCCAGAUACAAUCGCAUAUUUAGCGUAUGCCAUCCUUAUGCUUCACACAGAUCAGCAUAAUACAAAGGUUCGACAAAAAAUGACCAAGGAUGCCUUUGUUAAACUUUUGUUAACAAAAGACGAAAAACCAGCACAAGACAAGAAAUUUUACAACUCAGAUCUCCCUUUAAUCUUUACCCGUAAAUAUCUUGAGGGAGUGUAUGACAAUGUUGUUACAUCAGAAUUUCGUUUAUUCUACACUGAGCGUGAUUUGCUUUAUUCCCGAUUGUCAAAACAGGAAUACCUGGGUUUAUUACAAAACACUUUAUUUAAUUCUACAUUAAAAAAGAGGUUAUCUAAUGGUACCAAACAUGAAUCCUUAAUUAAUGAAGUCAUAAAAAAAGGCGUUGUAUUCGUGAAAUAUUGUCGUACUGGUACAUUAAGAUUGCGUCAAUUAAAAGUUUCUGAUGAUGAAGCAUCUUUAGAAUGGUUUCCUUUUGGACAGCAAAAUGUGGACCUACUUGGCAUGAAAAACAAAAAAAUUGAUCGUUCUAUUGCUUUAGUAGAUAUAGAGGAUGUCACAAUAGAGUAUUUUUCACGCAGAGGAAAAAUACGAGGAGUUCGAAAUAUACCGGAGUUUUGCUGUACAAUCUAUUCAACUCAUCGUAAACUCGUUUUGUGUGAAUCGGUUGCAACGGAAUUCCCGUUACAGGCUUGGGCAUCUAUUAUUUUAGCAAUAUCUCAGCGCCUGAAAUGUUCUUUGUUAAAUGAAAAUUGUGGAAAUGGUUUAAAUGAAGUGGAGCGUGUGUCUAACUCACAAGAAGAACUUUGUCCUAUGUCAUAUGCUUACGAAACUCUUUCAUCUCAACGUUUUAAAUUACCUCCAUCUAACAAAGAAAUGCAUAGACAAAGCAAAAGGUUCACUGCAUCCUCUUGCACUCAUGACGAAGUCAUAAAAUCUUUCACGAUGGUGAAAGGCAGAUCUAUUUCUAUUCCAGGAGAUGUAUCUCACAGUUCUUCUCGUCAACUCCACGAUACACUAAGCACGUCAAAACAUUCAAUAGAUGAUGUUCUAGACAAUUGCUUCAUUAAACGGACCCAAUCUGAAAUAUGUGUUUCACGUGCAACCAAAGAAAGGAGCAGAAACUUUUCGAACUUAUUAACCAAAACAAAAUCACAAAAACCAACAGUUUCGAAAACGGACUCUACAAACGCGGAUGGAUCAAAAACGGAUGUCGUGCGAAUGCGCUCUUUUUCACAUAUGACGCACUCCGCUAAUAAAAAUAAGAAGUUUUAUAAUCCAUUUGACAAAACACCAUUCUUCAAAGAAAAUCAACAAAGUGUGGAAACAGCUGCCGUCUUGGGACACUGGAAGGAUAUUUUGACGAAUUGGGAUUAUCAUUGGCAUGGAUUGGGAGCAUGUUCUAGUGCGUUAAAUGGACAGCAAAGCUACUCCAAUUUUUUUCGUGACUCAUUUUCCUUGAACGAGACUCAAAAUGUCUCUUUUCUUAACGAGUGGCUAGUUCCUGCGCAACAAAAUCGUUUUUCUUGCAAAACGGAAAAACAUGAAAGUGGCUUUCUAAGAGAAAGUUUUCUUAUUAAAAGGACAAAUACAAUGCUGAUGGACUAUGAACCUUUGAGCAGUUUUUCAAUGUCGAAUGAAUUUUUACAAGAUAAUCCUAAUAAAACCGGGAAUUUUUUAACCAUUCCCAGUUGGCCUUUAAAUACAAUCAAUCAUGUAAUAUUUUUGGAUUUUGAAAUUUUUCGCUGGUUAAUAUCUGGAGCGUGUCGUGUUUCUUGCAAAAACGUAACCAGUGUUAAAAAUGUAAAUGAUGUAGCAACAGUUUCCGUAGAGGAUAUUUCUUUAUUACGUCCUUGUAUCAUGGGACGCAUAUGUCAUUAUAUUUGCUACUGGUAUUUUGAUUGGAAUCAGGAAAAGAGACUUUUACAUAAAAAAACGACAACAAAUUUUAUGAAGCCAGUAUUCGAUAGAAUGUCUGGAAAUUUAAGUGAUAACGGAUCCAAAAUACUAUGUAGGAGCAUACCGUCACAGGAUAUACCUAAUUAUGGCUCACAUAUUAGUCGAAUAAGUGAUUAUCUUUUAGGUGUAUGGUGGUUGGGACUUCCAGAUGCAUUACGAGCCAAUCUUUGGCUUAUUUGUUUUACAAACAGAGCUUUUCCCACUGAACUCGAUGAUACCUUGUAUAGUACUACACCUCGCAUUACCAACGAGAAACAACCACUCUGUCAGCAAAUUUUUCAUAUUCUCCAUGAUGAAAUUAUAAAACACUCAAAUCACUUACAACUCCUACUUCCGUGUCCAUGUCAAUUGUAUAGUGGAUGGUUUCUUGGUUUACAACAAACUUUAAUACAUACAACACGAAUUUACGAGGGCACUUUUACUCAGUGUGAGAGCUGUUGUUUGAUGGAAAAUAUUGAAACGAAUAGGAAGAAUAAAAAUUUUUUUAACUUAUGCGUUUCUUCUGACAAAGGGAAGAUAUCAUAUAAUGACUAUAUACCCGCAAGCUGUUCGUAUCAAAUGAACACACUGCAUUCAGUCUCCGUCUAUCGAAGGAGCAAUUCUGCACCAGCGAGACUAAUUAUUUCCCAACAUUCCACAGACCCUUUCAGCUUACCUUCAUUUUUAAACCCCUCUUUUUAUAAAACGACCGUAACAAAUCACACAUGUUUUCAUUGUCACGAACCUUUGUUUUUAAGAAAAAAAAAAAAAUGCACACCGACAAAUCAAUUAUGGUUUUGCGCUAUAGUUUUUUUAUGUUCCGCAUAUCAUGAUUUUUUAGUGAAAUCACCCAUAUGCUUUACUAGUAUUAUUCAUCUUGCCGCCGUUUGCACAUCCAUAACAACUUCUCGUAUCGUUGGUUUGAAACUAUUGCAUUGUAUUAUUUUUUCAACAAAUCUUCCCGUUCACGACUUAUUAUCUUUAAAUAAUUCCGAAUCCUCACAUCGUACAUUCGUUCGUUUUCAGUUGUUUCAAACUUUAUUCUCUGAAAAACUUCCUGUCCUUUUUAAACAUUUUAAAACACUACAGAUAACACCAGACUUUUAUUUACCUGUAUGGUUUGGACAAUUGUUCUCUGGAUGUAUGCCGAUUGAUCAACUUGUUAAAGUUUGGGAUCGUAUUUUUCUUGGAGGAGAAACGAUUAUCUUUCAAGUAGCCUUAGGUAUACUUCAUUAUCAUGAAGUUUACUUAUUAACGUUAACCUUCAAGGGUUGCUUACGACUCUUACUACAAGAUUUCCAUCAAGAUUUGCCGCUUUUGGAAACCAAUUUAUCCGGUUUAAAAUGGCAUAAAGAAUUGUUUGAUACCACACGAUUAUGGAGAUGUAUUGACCGAUGUAGGGUCAAUCCUGUUAUCGUUCGUUCUUGUACUGAAGGUGUUCAUAGUCUUUGCACAUCGGAAAAAUUGCAGCAAUUAUUGUUGAAAAAUAGUUCAAUGGACUCUUAAUUU